CCUGUUAAUAAAAUGCGUAAAAUUAUAUUUCGCUCUUCUCUUCUUCUCUUCUCUUCUUUAGGUAGAAAACCAUCAACAUUUUGAAGAUUACUUUCAAAGCAGAAUAAACGGGAAUUGGCUUGUAUUUAGACGCUACUCUUGAACUUAGUGUAAUAGUCAACCUAAAUCCAUCUUAAAAACAGAAUGAUUUUGUUUAUACGGUUGUAAAACUCUUCAAAUUCCAGUAGAAAUGGGAAGUCGAGAAAUAAUAACAUUGCAAAUAGGUCAUUAUUCAAACUUUGUUGGAACACAUUGGUGGAACAUCCAGGAGUCAUCAUUUAAUUAUGAUCCAACCAAAGCUUCAGAAGAUAAAGAAGUAAAUCAUGACAUCUUAUGGAGAGAAGGACAGACUCUUAAAGGAGAAAUCACUUUUACACCUAGACUGAUUGCAUUUGAUCUGAAAGGAAGUUUGAAAACACUGAAACAAGAAGGAAUUCUAUAUGAUUUAAACUCACAAGAGGAAGUCAAGUGGGGAGGAGAUGUGAACCUUCACCAGUCAGUUCCAGUUCCAAAGAACCAGUAUUUACAGGAUCUGGCAGCUAAGGAGAACACAGUUUUAGUACCAGAAGAUGCUGAUCAAGGGGAAGGCGAUGAUAUUCCUGAUGACAUUUCUGCUAAAGAAGAAGAGGUAUUUGGUAGAAAGCUGUAUGAUAUAGAUGGUUCAGUGAGCGUAUGGUCAGAUUUCAUGAAAGUUCAUAUCCAUCCAAAGUCGUUGCACAUCAUCAAUGAAUAUACCAAAGAUAGUGAAAUAGACAAAUUUGACAUAUAUGGUUGUGGAAAGUCUGUACUGUCUAACUAUGAAACGAGGUCAGAGAUGGAGGAUCGUAUUCAUUUCUUUACAGAAGAAUGUGAUAGCUUACAGGGUUUCCAUAUCCUAGUAGAUACCUAUGAUGGUUUUGGAGGGUUAGGAACAGGUUUGUUAGAGUACUUGAGGGAUGAGUUUGAUUCUAAGUCAUUGAUGACCUUUGGUUUGACACCUGCAGUUUUACCAGAUAGUACUCCCCAUGAGAGAGCAAACAGGAUUUUAAAUUCAGCUAUAACCUACAAUAACUGUAGCACAUAUAGUUCUUUGUUCACACCUCUGUCUUUAGCAUCAACUCUGUGGAAGAAAAUUGGACCUGUUGUUAAAUUUCCAUAUUUAGAUUACAAGUCUAUACCAUACCAUACCAGUAGUAUACUAGCUGCAGCAUUAGACACAAUGUCUUUACCCUACAGGAAUACUGGUCAAAUGGAUCUCAGAGACCUCACAGAUAGUCUCAGUUCAUUAGGUAAAAAGGUGGCAUCCUUAAAUGCAGCAUUACCUUUUCCUAUGAUUGGUAACGGUCAUCUAGUUCAAUCCAUCCUGUCAUUAGAAGACAAUUUACCCUGGUCAUCUCUCACACCACAUGUGACCAACCAGUCCAAUCCAUUUAUGCAGUCAGUUGUUUCAAGAGGUAUAACAGAUCUAAGGCUAAAGAGUCCGCUACCUUAUUCAAAGACUCCAAAUGAAUAUAGUUCCUGUUAUACAGUAGAUGAUGUCCUACAGAAGUAUCUAGAAACUAAAUUCCAAUCAACUUUCAGUGCCAGAUGUGCUCGUUGUUUACACCUCGAUGUGUUACCUCCAUUUCCUAACAUUUUCAGUAGAAAUAUUGACAGCAAUGGAUUUAUAUCUCCUGUUCUGAGACACCACAAACAAGGAGUAGACAGGAUACCAGUUAUGACGUCUUUACAGUCUAGUCCAGACAUUCACCAGUUAACACAGACUUUACAUACGGAGGCAUCUAAACUUAACAUUAAAAAACAUUCCGCCUACAUAGAGGCGGGACUUGAAGAAGAUAAUUAUCUAGAAAUCUUGCAGGAGUUAUCUGAUCUUGAUUCAUGUUAUGUGAACAAAAUGGAAAGCUUGUGAUAUAUUUUCGAAUGCUUUUUUGCCAGCUUAGAUCUAUUAUGAAACUAUUUGUAGAACAUGGACUGUUAGUUUUAUAAAUACCCAAUGUAAAAGUUUUAUAAAUUUUAUUCAUCAGUUUACAAUGCAAAUAGUUAAGACAAUUAUGAAUAACCAUAUAAAAAUACAAAUUAGUACAAAAAUAUUGAACAUACAAAACUAAUAUCAAAUGGUAAGAAUACUGUUUCUCUAAAAACAAAAACAAAAACAUUUUAAAAACAAACAAGAUUUGUACACAUUACAGCAUAAUGAAUGAACAUAAAAUAGCAUAAUAUGAAAUCAAUUUUGUCCAGACAUAGGUGUUGAUAUUCAGCAGCAGCAUCAACAAUUAAUCAUUUUAGAACAAUGCAUUCUAGGUAAUAUAUUUUAAAGUUCACACCAAAAUAUGAUUGGUUGAUAACAUUCUAAACAAUGGAUAUCCAGCCUAUGAUACAAGUUAUUUCCAUUUUUGUUUACAAAAACAAGAAAAUUUCACACAAUCGGCAAAGAUUUUAUAUUUACAGUAGGUUUGAAAUUCAAACAGAUACUAAUCUUUUAUUGGCUGCAAGAGGAAUCACCUGAUUGCACUUCAUGUUUCCAAUUUAUGUAUAAGCAACAUAAUCUAAUAGAAUAGAGAUAUAAGCUUCAACCUUCAAAUAAAAUGGCACUCUUUUUAAACAUAGUUCUUUGUACUUCCAGCAAACCUUUAAGGUUUUAAAAUUUUGCAUGUGAUAUAAUACUGCUUUCAUAUUGAACAAAUUGUAUUAUGUUGAUGUUUUGCUUAUAGCUUUACUUUCAGACUUUUGAUAACAAAUAUGUUGUAUUUUGAAGAAUUGUAAAUGUAAGAAUUGAAACU